AUGGAAGACAAAAAUUUAAGUGCUGUCACCUCAAGUGGUGUACAUCCGGUGGUGUCUAAUGUUAAUGUGGACAACUUACAUAUUAAGUCUGUCCUUUCUAAUAAGGAUAUCACUAUUAAUGUGGAUCAUCAAAUAGAUAAUGAUGAGGCCAUGAUCUUAGCAUUAGGAUAUAAGCAAGAGUUUAAAAGAGAAUUUUCGCUUUGGAGUAUAUUUUCGGUUUCAUUCCUGACGUUAGGACUCUUGCCUUCUAUCGCCGCUACGUUUGACUAUCAACAACUAGUGGUUGGUAUAAGUCCUGUUCCGUGGUUGAUUGGUCUUUUUUUUGUCACCUCCGUGGCAUAUUCGUUGGCCGAAACCGCUAGUGCAUUUCCCACGUCUGCUGGAACACCGUAUGCAGUCUCUCAGUUAGCUCCAAAAAGAGUGGCUCCUCUCUUCACUUGGUUGUGUGCUUAUUCAAACUGGUUUUGUCAGAUUACGGGAUCUCCCCUGGUUAAUUAUAGCUGUGCAUGCUUAAUAUUGGCUUUGAAAUCUUAUAAUGUCGAAAGCUACGUUCCUACUAAUGGGCAGAUAUAUGGUUUGACAUUGGGUAUCCAAGUUGUGGAUGGUAUUAUCUCAAGUUUGCCUACUAUCUGGAAUGCUCGAUUCAAUUCAAUGGGCACUGUGAUUAACAUGUUAUUUUUAAUUAUCGUGUUCGUGUUAAUAUUGGGUGGUAAUUCCAGGGAAGACAUGAGCAAAGGUAUACCAAAGUUUAACGAUAAUGGAAAGGCCUGGGGCUUAGACAAUCAAACAGAAUUUCCGACUGGAAUGGCGUUUCUUAUGUCCUUCUUGGGUGUAAUAUGGGCGAUGUCUGGAUAUGAUAGUCCGUUUCAUUUAAGUGAAGAAUGUUCAAAUGCAGCCGUAGCAGCACCUAAGGCUAUUGUCUUGACGUCAACAUUUGGUGGUCUUGUUGGAUUCUUAUUUAUGAUUGCAAUUGCCUACACAGUCGUUGACAUCGACACUAUCGCUGCAGACCCACAGGGAUUAGGUCAACCUUUUAUCACUUACUUGACACAGAUUAUGAGUAAGAACAUGGUUAAUGCAGCAGCUGCAUUGACAGUUAUAUCAUCUUUCUUUAUGGGCCAAUCGUGUCUGUUGUCAGCUUCACGUGUCACAUACGCCUACUCUCGAGAUGGCCUUUUUCCAUUUUCAAGGUUCUGGAAGAUUGUAAAUCCUAUAACUCAAACUCCUAUUAAUGCAGUUUGGUUCAAUUGGGUCAUUGGACAGUUACUUUUAUUAUUAAUUUUUGCAGGUGACACUGCUAUUGGUGCUAUUUUCUCCGUUGGUGGUAUUGCAGGAUUUGUUUCAUUUACUUUGCCCACUCUUUUCAAAAUUACCUAUGCUCGUAAUACCUUCAAGCCGGGACCUUGGAAUUUAGGCAGGUUCUCCCAACCUAUUGGAUUUGUAUCUGUGAUUUUCGUUACGGUGAUGAUUCCCGUCUUAUGCUUCCCAUACGUUGCAGGUAAAGAUUUGACUCCGGACGAAAUGAAUUGGACAGUAGUCGUUUUCUUCGGACCAUUGUUAAUUGUCUUUAUAUGGUUUAUUGUGGAUGCACAUAAAUGGUACAAAGGACCGAAAUGUAACAUUGAUGAAGCUGAUAUAGUUUACGGCAACAGUCACGUUCUUGAAGGUGUUGAGCAAGGCGAAUAUAAUGAUCAAUCAGAGGAGAAAGUAUAA